UCCGCGAGCGUGAGCGCGCACCUAGAUUGUAGAGCAGCUCGAGAGCAGUCUAUAAUGGCUGCCAGAAAAUCGAAAGCGCGAGAGAAAAGGCUUAAAUAAAUCAACCAGGACACUAACAGGGCUGCAUCUGAUGGUGUGAGGAUGGUGAGCAGUCAGCCCAAGUAUGAGCUGGUUCAGGAGGUGGGGCGAGGAAGCUAUGGUCUCGUUUAUGAGGCUGUAGUAAAGAAGACUGGGGCUCGAGUUGCUGUCAAAAAGAUAAGGUGCCAUGCUCCAGAAAAUGUGGAACUUGCACUCCGGGAGUUCUGGGCUUUGAGCAGCAUCCAGAGUCAGCAUCCAAAUGUCAUUCAUUUGGAGGAGUGCAUAUUACAGAAGGAUGGCAUGGUGCAGAAAAUGACACAUGGAUCCACUUCAUCUCUUUAUUUAGAGUUGGUGGAAACAUCAUUAAAAGGUGAAAUUGCUUUUGACCCCAGAAGUUCGUAUUACUUAUGGUUUGUGAUGGAUUUCUGUGACGGAGGAGAUAUGAAUGCUUACCUGCUUUCCAGAAAACCAAACCGCAAGACAAACACCAGCUUCAUGUUGCAGCUAAGCAGUGCCCUUGCAUUUUUGCACAAAAAUCAAAUUAUCCACAGAGACUUAAAGCCAGACAAUAUUCUGAUCUCACAAAGCAGGACUCCCACAGGGGUACCUGAGCCCACUUUAAAAGUUGCUGAUUUUGGACUGAGCAAGGUUUGUUCGGCUUCUGGUUUAAAUCCUGAGGAACCUGUCAGUGUCAAUAAAUGUUUCCUUUCGACUGCAUGUGGCACGGAUUUCUAUAUGGCUCCUGAAGUAUGGGAGGGACACUACACUGCCAAAGCAGAUAUUUUUGCCCUUGGGAUCAUAAUUUGGGCCAUGCUGGAGAGGAUUACGUUCAUUGAUACAGAGACCAAGAAGGAGUUGUUGGGGAGCUAUGUAAAACAGGGAACUGAGAUUGUGCCUGUUGGGGAGGCACUUUUGGAAAACCCCAAAAUGGAGCUACACAUACCUGUGAAGAAGAAAAGCAUGAAUGCCAGCAUGAAACAGUUAAUUAAGGAGAUGCUGGCUGCAAACCCCCAAGAAAGGCCGGAUGCUUUUGAACUGGAGUUGAGACUAGUAAAAAUUGCAUGCAAAGAAUGUAACUGGGAUACGUGAUAUCCAAGAAAUACAGAAACUUGUACACACGACCAUUGAUUCAUUUUCUUUGGAUUUUUUGUGGAAUGCAGAUGGCUGAAGUGUCAACAUGCAUAUGGGAACAACAAAAUCGGGGCUUGAAUUGCCAUCUUAUUGUAUUGGCUCACAUAAUUUAACUUCUUUUGUUUCUUGAGUUGGGCUUAUUUAAAAAGAACAAGUUUUUAUUCAGAUGCAAUGCUAAAAGAUACUGCAGCAAAUUUGAAUAACUUUGCUACCCUAUUAACUUUGAGGACCAAACAAAAUAUAGUAUUUGCAUGCUGGAAGUGCAGAUAAAUCUACCAUUUACAAUAAAAGUGAAUAAGCACAUGCCAUCAACAACAUACCUUAACAGCUACACUCUCAAAUCUGCAUAAUCCAGUUCAGGGUUGCAGAGAGCUGAAGCUAUCCUGGUAACAUCAGGUAGAAGGAAGGAAUCAGCUUGUCACAAGGUUCCAAUCCAUCAAAGGACCCACUCGCACACAUACACACACACACAAAAUUUAGAGUAGCCAGUUAACCUAAGCAGCUUGUCUUUGGAAAUGUGGGAUGAAAGCCCACACAGACUGAGAAGGGAACUUGUAAACUCCAACCAGUUUGCAUUCCAUCACCUGAGGACGGCGGCACUAAAUGCUCCACGACUGUGCCACUAAGCUGUACUGUAGCAAUCACUAAAUAAAGUUAAAGUACAAUUAACAGCCAUGAUAUCAUUUCACAUCUUACAUUGUGCUUGUUAAAGGUCCAAGUUGUAAUUUAAUGUACAUUGCACAUAAAGCUGUAGAAUACAUUCUGAAAUGUAAGCGGUCAACUUUCUAAAAUUAGAAAGUACAUUUCUUAAUUUCAAUGAAGCUGUCACAGCUUGAAAAAGAACAAUCUCCAUAAUCCACACGCAUAAGUGUUUGUUCAGAAAGACAGAUAUUAUUCACCCCAUUGAUUUUUUUCUUUUUGGGGCACUGGCUUUUGAGUGCCAUUUUUACUUGUGCAGUUAGUGGUAUGAAAAAAUUGAUGGUAUUGUGAUAAAUGUAUCACAGAAACAUUGACAUUUGAUUAAACUACUCCAUUAUCGUAACUUGGGCAGAGUAUGAGGGUCUAUAGCCAUGUUGGCAAUAUUGUCUACCCAUAGUUGUUCACAAACCUGAACAGUAUGACUGCUGCCAAAUACAUGAACAUUGUUUUUAAAUUUGGAUGGGAACAAAAAUGAAAAUAUGAAUGCUGUGAACUGAUAUGGGAUGGGAGAAGGUCACCAUCUUGUUUUACUUUCAUUAUUUAUUUGAACACUAAAUGAACUGCCAUGAAAUUAACUGGAAAAUGUGAUAUUCACUAGAAAGCUGCCUUUCACUCUGAAGUGUUUUAAUCAUGCUGCAUAACUAAUAUUUUCCCACCUUUAAUGAAAGGAGCAAGAUUUAUUGCUUUGUUUCUCCUUCUGUUUAAAUACCUUUUUGUUUAAGACUGAACAUACCAGGCAGCAGUAAAGCUGCUAGUGUAUAUAUGGUGCCACUGUUUCUUUUGUUUUACCGAAAGAUGGUAUUAAAUUAUAAAAAGAAAAAUAUUUAUUCUUUGCAAAAACAGCCUUAUGGCCUUACAGGAGUAAUUGAGAUGUAGCAUUUCUCAGUACUCUGCAUUUUGUUAUUUAAUAUUGUCAGUCUGUCCCAGUCCCUGUAUUCUGUCCAGCUUUGCUUCCUUAUCAGUAUUAUGACAGGUCAUUUCCAUUGCUUUCAGCUCACGGCUGAAAAUAAAGCUGUAGUUUCUAUACUGUAAAACUUUAUUACUUAAUCAUCUAAAAUACAAGCUUGCAAAGCUCCUACUUUUAAUUUAGUUUGCACAACAGUUUUAAGAUACUUUCUAAGACCAAGAGGUAAAUAACAUGCCUGCUGGUAAUUGCAGAGACAAUUAGGAUUGUGAUGGGAUUUUCAUAAUGGGUUGUUGACUUUUAACAAAUUGUAUAAAAAAAUGACCAUUUAACAAUGCUUAUAAGUUUAAUUACUGAGUGUUCAAAAUCAGUAUUACAUUUUAAGUGGAUAAAGAAUGCUUAAAGUUCCUGAACAGAAUGUUUGCUAAUGCUUCAAUCCAGAAAAUAAAAAAAAAAUAUUUCCAUUAAUAUCUAAACAAUUUCCAUUUAAGUUAUUGUAUAUAUCAUACAGGUAAAAGGAAGUACAAAUGAUCAUACACCAGUUAUGAAAGUUCCUAGUAAGUAUAAUUUAAUUAAUUUUCCCUUUGUACUAAUCUGUAUUUUUUCAGACUUGGUAUGAAGUCGUGCCACUAUUCCUUCAUACAUUUUUAUCUCAGUAUAUUGUAUUUAUAGUUAAUAAAAAAUGAGAUUGUAUUUUCCAUUCCUACAGUUAAAUGUAUUGCACAUAAGGUCAUGUAAUUUUCACGGUCACUUCUGAAAAUAACUAGGCAUCAAUUGAAAAAUAGAAGUUGAAAACACUAGUUUGGAGGGUUGCCAUUUAGCCUGAAGAUGGUGGAUUCCUGGAUGGAUGCACCUAUCCUUUACUGUGGCCAUCCUUUACUUGGUAAAUCCCCAUUUAUGGAGAGCAUCAUGGCAGAAAGCUUUCAUGUGGGUAUAUACAUGUGUUAAAAUUUAUGCUAGCCCAGUGUAGACUAUUUGCCACACACAAUGAGCCAAUCUGGGAUUUUAAACUUGUACAUUUUGGGUUACAAGUCCCAUUCUUCAGCCAAUAAAAGGCCAUCAAAAGUGGUAAAUUGCAUAGCAGUGUGGUGUGUUUAAUUGUAGGAAUGGAAAUUCUAAUUAUCGACAGAUACAAAGGAGCAACUUGGGCUUGUAACAUUUGAUUGGUACAGAGUGCAUUUGUAAUUCUGUGUUGAUUUCCAUGUUUAAUUAUGUGUCCUAUAAACUGAUAUAAAACAUGGUUUAUUGACAGUUUCUUGUGGAUCCAUAAAGAUUAUAUUCCCCAUCUAACCUAAACAAAAUUAAUGAGUGUACAAUAUGAGUAUUACUACCACUGACAUAAAGCCAGUACAUUCAAAUUUACUAGCCUGACAAAUAUGUGAGAAUUCAUAAGAUAUACUUCUGCAGGUAAAUGUUUCACUUCACUGCAUCCAGACUAGUGGUGGAUCAGCUCAGUCCUGGAGGAGUUUUGUGCCAGCCAAUUAUGGACAGAAAAGCUAAGUUACCUCAGUAAAUGAGCUCCAUGUUUAAAUACACUCUUCAUUCAAUGUGAAUGCUCCCAUAAUGUUCCUAUAAUUCAGCAGAUUUCUAACUUGUGUCCACUUAUUGACAAAUAAGGUAACUGGAAGAAGCUGAGGGAAUGUAGUACUUUAAUUGCUAAGAAAAAAAUUCAAAUGUUGGUAAUUGGGAAAAAUUGAAAGUCCACUCCAUGAGAUAUUUAAGCUGGAUUACACAGAAAGUACGACUGCAGUCUAUCCAGUGGCCAGCAGCUAAAGUCUGUUGCUAGCGUACCCCUCCAGGACUAUGUCUGCCUAAGUCUGAGCUAGACCAUAUUUGUCUUUGUUGCUCUGUAUAUAUACAAGUGUUUUGUAAAACAUGUUAGUUGAAAUCCAAGAUUUCUAAUUAAAUAAUGUCCAUGUUAAAGAGAUUGGCUAUCAGCACCUCAGAUAGUCGAUCUCUCUAACUUUGAUAUAGACUGCUCCUAUCCUGAAAGAAAACUUUUUUUUUUUUUUUUUUUUUGGACUGUCAAGUCUCAGCUGCUUUUCUUUUUCAGUUCGAUUGCUUUAAAGUUUUAUUUUGUGCAACAAAUGGUCGACUUUUGUAUGUGUCAGAACUCUAACAUGGAGCAUUGCCCUGUACAGUUAUUUUUCUCUACAUUUUUACUGUAAAACCGUAGGUCCCAAGUAUCAUAAGGUUCCUUGGCAGGUACAUAUAUACAGUUUGUUUGUGCUAGCUACUUUAUCUACAUUUUCGAUACUCACGACAGGACUGUGCCCAGGGCCGAAGCAAUAGCAGCCUUUUGGUAGCCCCAUUCAAAUCUUCCCUGCUGAGUAUUUCAAACCAAAGUGGGUGUAAAAAGUUGCAAGGCUCACACUAAAACACAUUAUUCUCAACUGUGGGAGGUUUUU